AUGGAAGAAAAUCAGAGGCGGGGUCAUCUGGUGGAUGGGAAAACAUCGACCAUCAUCGACGAUCUUCUCCCCCUUGAGAACGACUCGGAGCGGACCUGUGUCCUAUUUGUGUACAGUCGCUACACCGAGCCUCUGGCCGUCACCGACAUUUUGAGGUCCCUCAUCAAACAGUGUAUCGAGCGGAAUCACGACCUUGCUGGCAUAGUUAAGCCAGUUUACGAGAAGCAUAAGCUGGAAGGGACGGACCCAUCGGUCGAGGAGCUUGUCACCUUGCUCCGGAAGCUCGAAAGCUACUUCGAUCGGGUGUUCUAUGUCGUCGAUGGCGUAGACGAAGCGCACCUCAACGUCCGAUUUGACCUAAUCCAGGUUAUAAACCAGCUGCAAGGCAAUGUGAUAUUGACCUCACGACCCCUGGACGACCUGGGCGAGGAGCUCAACCAUGCAGUGUUUUGCACGCUAGUUGCACAGGACCAAGACAUCAAACUGCACAUGGAGGAGAAGCUCUGGCGACACAAGCAGUUGCGUCGCGUUUUAGAACAGAACGAUCAUCACGAAGAAGUGUUGAAGGAUAUUAUAGAGAAGGCUGAAGGAAUGACCAGGUUCCUCCACGCCUCCCUGCAGCUCGACGCCAUCCAGCACUGUCGGACUCUUGAAAGCGUAAAAAGGAAAUUAGCAGAGUUCCCGACUGGUAUGCACGGGGUGUACGCGGCGAGUAUGCAGAGAAUAGAGGAUCAAGACGAAGAAUCCCGCGAACUUGCCAAACGAGUUCUGUUCUGGCUCACCUUCGCUCGCGGACCUCUCUCUGUGCAGGACCUAAGGUUUGCGCUGGCCACGGACACAGAAGUGGACGGUUAUAAUUCUGAAAGGCUGCCAGACGAGGCAUCCAUAUUUUCGGUGUGUUGCGGCCUCGUCGAGCAGAAUGAAGCCAGCAAUGUUGUCCGCCUCAUUCAUUACACGGCCAAGGAUGCACUCGCUCCCAUUCUCCUCAAGGACCAUCCCAUUCCCCAUCUCCACAUCACCAACGUUCUCGUUCACCGACUCAUUACCAGCGGAAUAAUACCAUGUCCCUUUCAAGAGUUAAAGGACCUUCACAAAGCAUGGAAGGAGAUACCUCUCCUCCGGUAUUCGCAGGCGCACUUGGGAGAUCACGUCCGCGAAUGCCCGGUCUCCGAGGUCCUUCCCAUAAUUGAGGUUUUCCUCUUCAUGUGCCGCGACUUCCCCCUCGAACUUUUCGACGAGCUGGAGGUCGCUGGACCUCCCCAUGUUGCCGCCCACUACGGAUUCUGGUUUCACUUCGUGGAUAUCGGUCACCGCGACAACAUGUGGUACAUCAACAGUCCCACGAGUAUCUGGGAAGCCACUUCGUUGCACCUAGCGGCCAAUGCAGGGGAUGUGCCCACCGUUCAGCGAUUGCUUGACCUGAAAGCUGAUGCCACUGCGACAAGACUAAAUGGAUGGACUCCCCUGGCAGAUGCAGCAUAUAAUGGCCACGAGGAGGUCGUUGAACUGCUCCUGCAAGUCCCUCUACGGGGGGUGAGCGAGGCCAGGGUGGAUGGAGUGACGGCGCUCAUGCUAGCAUCAAUGCAGGGCCACGAUGGCGUGGCAACUAGACUCCUCAAGGACCGACGGUUCAGCGUCAACGAUACCAGCAAAGACGGCGUUACUGCCCUGAUCUACGCUGCGGAGAACAACCGCAAAGGCAUCGUGGCUAAGCUCCUGCAGGUCCCGGGGAUCAACGUCAACGCAACAGCGACCUCGCAGGAUCGAUGGACAGCACUGAUGCACGCCUCGAUCGAGAAUUACGAGGAUGUGGUUGGCGCACUCAUUCAGGCCCCAGGGAUUGACGUUAAUAUAGUGGAUAGGGAGGGAUGGAUAGCGCUGAUGAUGGCCGCCCACAGGGGAUUCGAGAACAUUGCCAUUCGACUACUUCAAAUGCCGGGAAUCGAAGUCAACGCAGCGGACGUUGUUGGAUGGACGGCGCUCAUGCUGGCAUCAAGGUAUGGCCACAAAGAAUUCGUCGCCAGGCUCCUCGAGGUCCCGGGAAUCGAUGUUAACGCAGCACACCGGAAUGGAUGGACUGCGCUGAUGAUGGCAUCGAAGUACGACCACAAGGAGAUCGUCGCCAUGCUCCUCCAGUCUUCUGGAAUCCGAAGGGACUUGACAGACGCUGAUGGGUGUACAGCACUCAUGUACGCCUGUGACAAUGAUCGCGCUGAAAUAGCCAAGCAACUUUUGCGCUUCAGCACCGACUCUGCCAUCGAUGUCAACACGGUCAACAAUGAUGGCGACACGGCGUUGAUCAUGGCUGCACGGAAGGGAUAUGGGAAGGUUGUAGAGGUGAUACUCGAAGUGGAAGGCGUGGACUCGGAGAUAAUGGCCAAAGGGCGCACGGCUCUGAUGGAGGCGCGCGAAAACGGGCAUGAAGGUGUAGUGGCGAAGCUGGUUGAAUUUCAGGGAAGGUCAAGAGUCGUCACGGAGGGGAGCUGA